AUGGCUCAAAAUGCAUUCGAUCAGAAGAAAGAUCACAUCCUCGCAGAGAUCCACAACAACAUGCAGGAUUUGUCGCCCAAAGGGACGAUCGAUGAGCUGUGUUGGCCCAUCAUGGAUCUGAUCAACUCGCACCGGGAUAUGGUCACCACUUCGUCUUGUUCGGGCCGUCUCAGCGUGUUCGUGGAGGGCAACAAGCUGAGCAAUGAAGAUGUCAAAUCCGGAGGCAAGGGAGAAGGCGGAAAAUGGCUUUUUGUCACGCACAACCGGGAAGAAGUGAUGAGAUGGACCGAAAAGCUACCAGAAGCAGUGGUGUACGAAAAAGCGGUUGAAACCGCCACUGUCGGGUCCAAUGUCCGCUACAUUCUAUACAAGUACGAGCCGUUCAUCCUACAUGUCAAGUGCAGAGACUUUUUGACUGCCAGCAAGCUGUUCAGCACUGCUAUGGCUUGCGGAUUUCGAGAAAGUGGUAUCGGCAGUAAUAAUAUCGUUGCCGUCAGAGUUAACAUCAAACUGGACAUCCCCAUUGGAUAUCUAGAUCAAAACACUCAAAAGCUUGUUUUCUUCGUGAAUAACUGCUACAUUCAACUUAUAGACAGGAUGACGCUAUCCAAGUUCUCAGAAAACACCAAGAAAAUGCAAGAGCUCUACGAUAAAAUAGAAAGCCAGCUCAUCAAUCCACAACAGAGCGCGACUCUGAGCGGCCCGCUUCAUGAGACCAAAGAAGAACGUCGGGAGCGGAAGAAGAAAGAAGGUCUGGAACGACAACAGCAGAUUAAGCAAGACAAAUAA